AUGCUCCCCUUAUUAGUCUGCAGGGUUUUCUGCGCCUUGCUAACUGUCGUCUGGCUGCAGUGCCUUCUCUCUCCAGGUGCUGUAGCCAUAGCAGCGAGGGAGCUGCACAUGGCGACAGCGAAGAGCGUGCCUGCGGCUGAUCCUAAUUCUGAUCCGGUAGGCCAUCUCCCGAUCAGUAGUGGAGAUGAUCAUUUGUUUCUUAUAUCCAGCAGAAGCUCGUUGCCGAGCAACACAGGGGAUCGGCGGUCGGCUGCACCGGCUUCAGAGCAAUCUGCUCAUGUUGAGCAGCCAAGAUCAGCCAGGCCAGGCCGGUUCUUCUCUUCUUCCGUAUUAUUCAAAGUAAAAUCUUUUGCGGCCGCGGCGAUCGGAAUACUAGCAAUUAUUUACUUGGUGCUGCGCUGCAGAAGAAACAGGGGGCUUCAUUCGGUGCGAGGCCAAACGUUGAGGGCCCUUUCUGACACGGCAGAAAGCAGCAGCAGCAGCGAAAUGGCCAGCGCCAGUAGCGACGUUGAGAGCAGCUCAGAUGGUGACCCCGGGGAGUCUGCUUGUGACGUCUUGAAUGCUGACGAGGAAAAGCCAGCAUCCUCGGCACCUAAGUGGAAAAUAUCGGAAGAUGAAGUCCACAACAGAGCAUCCUUAUUAUUUACAGAAGCGAAGGAUUUAAUGGAAUUGGCCCUAAAAGUACUACCUCUUCUCAAAGGGCCCUUCCAUAAUCCUCUAUCAACGUUGCUUACUAUCGUGGCCCAGGAACUAUGUGCUGUUCGUCUCUAUGCAGAUCUUUGGGUGCAGGCACGCUGGAACCCAGCAAUGCAUCAAAUAUUAGAAAGUGGGAGAAAACUUGUGGGCUCUGGGGAGGCUUCGAAAACCAGUUCUGCCGUGUCGAGGAACUUCGAAAACGUGCUUUUGUUUUUGGAGAGUCUUGGUAAACAGAUACCCCAGAAGGAUCCGCGGGGGCAGGAACAGCUCCUGAAGGAUCUUCUAGCUACUGUGACAAUGGCGCGGGGAGCGUUUCAUCAAUGCGCAGUUGGUCUUUCCGUUCUUUUACCAUGGUCACAGGUGAAAACGCAGAAAGCGGCAGGAAUCGAGGGUAGAGGGGCCAGACGAAGAAAAGGUGGCUCGGGCGUCAUACCAAAAGAGCUGGAGGCGUCUUUGAUGAAAGUGUUGACAACGGUACAAUCCGCUCGCCGUGAAGCAUUGCUGUCUGACCCUGAGUUACGUCCUUGGAUAGAAGUUUGCGAACGAAGCCUAAGGCAAAAAAUUAUAGAAAACUCGAGGCUUCGCCGCCCAGCCACGACUGCUUCUCCCUUGGUAGCUCAAAUGAGUGAACUUUUAAGAGGCUGUGACGUUCCCCUAGAAGAAUUGCGUAGGGCCCACGAGAGCUUGUUCAAAGACUUUCUCGCCCACGAAAGUGCGCCCCUCGUGGUCGCGAGAAAACGAUCAGGGGGAUCAACAGAUCGGCCUUGGGCUGUAGCAGUAAGAGAGGCCUUGAGGAAGGAUGGAAAUCAAACUUCUUCUCUUGCGGCCGUUGCUACCAGUUCCUCCAGCUCUUCUAAAACCAAGCAUGCAGACGCAGCUGGAAUACAAGCCGGAGUUUCAGGAGGGCAGUCCAGGGCAUCUCGGAAAAAAAGAGCUGAACCUGCAAUACUGUGGCUACCCUCAUCUCUUCCAGUGCCUACCUCAUGGUUUAUCGCACCUGACGGAGGCAUAAAUUUCCCAGUAAUUUCUCUGCUUCUCAGCUCUAAUGCGGCCCCCGUAUCUUGGCGUUUUACUAGAAACAGUCCGUUGCUUUCCCUACCCAGAACAAGCCCAAAAAAUUAUCAGACGGCAUUGGCUUUGAAGGCGCCUGCAGCGGCCCCCAAGCAUCUGCUCAAAAAGAAAGUCCUGAACCCAAAUGCUCCUCCAUUUACACCCAAGCUGACUAUGCAGGAUGAGGGCGAAGGUACAACUGUAGAGGUGAAGAAGAGAAAACACGAUAUAGUAAGAGCUCCCGGAGCGAAUAAGGGCCCAGGGACACCCUUUUACGGCCAUGCGUGGGGCGAGCCUUCAGAAAGCACUGGGCAAGAGGAAAGUUCAGACAGUGGAGACGACCCUUUAACGUAG